ACGGGAAAGUGGAGGAGUUUUCAAGGGGCAAGAAGGUAGAGGGAGGCCUAAAAGCAGACAGGGAGGACCCACAAUCAUCAUCAAGCUCUCCUUCCUCGUCCACCCCACCAAACUAAACUAAAAAAUGUUACCUUUCCCCUUUGCUACUCUUUCCAAGCCAAGCCAAACCAAGCCAAACCAAAUAUCAAUAUCAAGCCAUCAAUUUUGUUGUUUCUCCUCUCAUAUAUUUACGAUUUCUUUGCUUCUAAAUUAACCCUUUCGUGAACCUCUUCUUUCCCUUUCUUUUCUUUGAUGCAAGGUGAUUUUCUUGGUGGAGGAAGUGGUGGGUCGGUGUGUAUGUCGACGGUGUCAAUGGAGGAUAACGUAUUGAUGUCAUCUGAGGACUCGUCAAGCCCGGAUGAGGGUGAACUUGAACUGGGUCUUGGUUUGAGUCUUGGUGGUGCUUCUGGUUUUAAGGAUUUUGGUCAGCGUAGCAGUCAACAAUAUGCAAGGAUUUUGACCGCUAAGGAUUUGCCUUCCAAGGUUUCUUCUUCUUCUUCUUGUUCUUCAACGACUUCGUCUUCUUCUUCUACCUUGAGUAGAGCUAAUGCUACCGCUGGGACUAAGAGGGCUGCUGAUUCUGUUUCUGCUUCUAAUGGUGCUGCCAGUCAAGUUGUUGGGUGGCCUCCAAUAAGAUCUCAUAGAAUGCACAUCAUGGUUAACCAGGCAAAGUCACAGGCUACGGAAGAGUUCAACUCAAUGAAUAAACGCAAGAAUGCUGUGGAAGAGAAGGUGGGCAACAAAAACAUUAAUAUUGGUAAUACCAAGACUAGGACUUCCCUAUAUGUCAAGGUGAAUAUGGAUGGAACCCUGAUUGGUAGAAAGGUUGAUCUGAAUGCUCAUGGCUGCUAUGAGACACUAGCUCAAGCCUUGGAAAAUAUGUUCCUAAGAACUACCACAACUUUGAACAUGUCACGAUUGAGCACACCUGAACAUAAAAUAAUGAUAGAUGCAAAAAGACACUCACAAUUGCUGGGCGGGUCAUCUGAGUUUGUGCUCACUUAUGAGGACAAGGAUGGGGAUUGGAUGCUUGUCGGAGAUGUUCCUUGGGGGAUGUUUAUUAGCUCUGUGAAGAGACUCAGAAUCAUGAGGAUGUCUGAGGCAACUGGACUUGGCAAAUGAAACUCCAAGCUCGCAAGAAAGGAGUGGAAGACAAAGAACCAAGCCUAUCUGGACAUCUAUCCCUAAAUAUAAGUAAUGAAGAAAAACGCUGGAUUGAAGAGUGAUAUACAAAGGAAAAAACAAAGAGUGUUUAUAGUGAAAACAUUUUGAUAAAAAAGUAAUUAAUGGUCCUCAGCGGCUUUGUGUUGGAUUUUGGUUGCUGUAUGGUCUUAUUAUACUAUUUGUUCAUUCUUGUUAUACCUCUGAAAAUACCCACCUUACUGUUUUGGAAGCAACAAGCACCUUACCUUUUGCUGUAAUAUAUACAUGCAUAGUCACUGAAUGGCACUUACUGACCUGUAAAUUCCUGAAUGCUUAAUC